UUUCGAUACUGAAUAAGUAAUUUAAAUUAUUUAUACAACAUACAUUACACUAGAAUUGGACACUUUCUGGCGUUCAUAGAUACUUUGCUCUACAUUUAACAACCACUGUCAGAUUCGGAGUUCAAGGGAGUGAAGUUUCAAAUUGACCACGACAUAGAGGAAGUGAGCUCGGUGAUAAAGCGGCAGGAGUACAAUAUAUAAGUUUGAGUUAGAAUCUCAGUAUCGUAAAGCGAUAUAAAUAUUCGUAUUUUGUUUGAAGUUUGGUUUAACAGUUUGAACUCCAGCAUGAGUGAGGAGAGACCUGAGGUUGAGCUCUUCGUGAAGGCAGGAAGUGAUGGUCAGAGUAUUGGAAACUGCCCGUUUUCUCAGCGGCUUUUCAUGGUCUUGUGGCUAAAAGGCGUAACUUUUAAUGUGACCACAGUUGACAUGAAGAGGAAACCAGAAAUUCUAAAAGAUCUGGCCCCUGGUGCUCAGCCUCCUUUCUUGCUAUAUGGUACAGAGGUGAAGACAGACACCAACAAAAUAGAAGAGUUCUUGGAAGAAACACUCUGUCCUCCUAAAUAUCCACGGCUGGCAGCUUGCAAUCCUGAAUCUAACACUGCAGGUCUUGAUGUGUUCUCUAAGUUCUCAGCCUACAUUAAAAAUUCAAACCCUCAGAUGAACGACAAUCUAGAGAAGGGUUUACUAAAGGCCCUGAAAAAGUUGGAUGACUAUCUGAGCUCUCCUCUCCCAGACGAGAUUGAUGAGAACAGUGCCGAUGAUGUCAUUUCCUCCACCCGUUCUUUUUUAGAUGGACAGGAGCUUACCUUGGCUGACUGCAACCUGCUGCCCAAGCUACACAUUGUCAAAGUUGUUUGUCUGAAGUUUCGAGGUUUCUCCAUUCCUCGCUCUCUGACGUCUCUGUGGCGAUAUCUGGAUGCAGCAUAUGCCAGAGAGGAGUUCUCAUCCACCUGUCCCAGUGAUGAGGAGAUAUAUGUGGCCUACUCUUCUGUUGUGAAGGCGCUUAAAUAGAGGAAGGGCAUUCCUAGUCACGCUCUCAUGUGUGUUAUUACCAAUUAUCCUUCCAGAUUACCCUAGUGUUUCAUGUUACUGUCUCAAGCUUGAGGUUGUUUGCACCAGCAGGGUCCCAAUGUUUCACUUUUAAACUAAUUAUGGUCAAAUGUUUUAUAUUUUUAAAAACUUCUGAACCGCAGAGGUCAAAGUCAUUUCUAUUGUUAUUCACAUUGGUUGCCUGCAGUUUUAGUGGUAACAAGAAUAAAUAUUAUUUUAUUUUUCAGUAUUUUUAUAUUGCUUACUGUGAACUGCUCUUCACAGAUAAAGACCUGUCUUUACAUUCAUCUUGACCUCCAAGUUUGUUACACUAUGUAAAAGAGAAAACCAGUAACAGUAGCAAGCAAUCUUUUGUUGAUGUAUUUUUUUCAUAUACAGUAUCAAGAAAACAUUAUAGUUUGUAAUGAAGGACUUCAAUUCAUUGGUGUUCAAUCUUAGCUUCAUAGCACUUAAUGAAAUUCGCUCAUGUUGUUGCUGACUGCUUCUAAAAUUACCUUCAAAAAAUAUUCAUAUUAAGUCAUGCAGUAUACCAAGUCUUAUGCCCUUGCACCUCAUUUUACACUUCUCACUUCUCUAACCACCUUAUGCUUAUACAAUAUGUAAUUCAAUGAUACAAUUUCUAAUAAAGAUUAAGUGAAAACA